CGCGCGCGCUCCGGACAAAGACAUUCGAAAUUCGAAUUUUGUUUACGGACAGUGUUUGUGGUUUCUUUUUUCAAACGGCCUAACCUACAACGAAGUUUUUUUAAUUGACUUAUAUCGAGUCGAAAGUCGCUGAUUAGUGUUUUUAAGAUAAGAUAAUUCGGUAGAAACAUCGCAUUCGUGCAGUGCCGUGAGAAGUGAUAGAUCGUCAGUCAUUAACUCCGCUGAUUGUGAUAUUGUAUCGAGUUUUACACUCUGUGCGAAUUGCCACAGGACAGAUUGGAUUUUCAUUUUCUGAGACCAACCCACCAUGCAUCGUUCGCUGCCCGCUCCUCCCUCGGCACAAUAACGACCGGCCUCCAAAAUGUCAAUACACACACGCAAAAGGUGUACACGGUGACUACGCUUCGCGAUGGCGUUACUGACGAACUCGGCGUCGGCGACGGGGCCCACGGCCACUGGGCCCGCGGCCCCACAGGCCCACCAUUCCACCACGCCGCUACAUCACUAUUUUCACUAUUUGAAGCAGCCCUCGCCGCUUGCGCAGAACCCCUAUGCGCAUCAUUCGAGCGCCCACCACAUGGGCAUGGGGCCGGGCCCGUUGGGGGGCCUGGGCCCCUUCGGGUUGACCCACCACGGGUUGGAGGCGGUCGGAUUCCCGCAAGGCGUGAACCCGCGCAAGCAGCGACGCGAGCGUACGACGUUCACUCGCGCGCAGCUCGAUGUGCUAGAAGCUUUAUUCGGGAAAACGCGGUACCCCGACAUCUUUAUGCGGGAGGAGGUCGCGCUGAAGAUCAACCUCCCUGAAUCCAGGGUACAGGUCUGGUUCAAGAACCGAAGGGCGAAAUGCAGGCAGCAGCUGCAGCAGCAAACCAACACCCAGAUAUCCAGCAAGUCUACCUCCAGCUCGAAAACCGGGUCGUCCAUCACCUCCAGCUCCAGCCUGAAAGGCUCCACAUCUUCUACCUCGAAAAUAACCACUUCGAAAACCUUAACGAGUUCCGCUAACAGCCUAACCACGACGAACUCUAGCAUCACGACUUCGUCGCCAAAUCUUCCAAUAACACCAACAACUUCGGUCAGUCCCCCAAUCAAUGUCAUUUGCAAGAAAGAAUCAGCACCUUCCAACUACGAUUCCUCCCCUUUAAACAAAAACAACAGCCUAACCUCACUGUCACACCACUACAACUCCGAAGCUCUAAGAUUGAGUGGAAAGGAGUCUUCGCCUUCAGAGGCGCUUUCCAACGUCCACGGGUACGGUGUGACCCCAAAACAAGAGCUUUAUAGCAGUCCUAAAAGAAUAGACUAUGCGAGUAAACUGGAUUACUCAGAGAAGUCCUUCGGGAGUAGUCUGGUGAAGGAUCAGUACAGUUCUCGGCUCACGGGGAAUCUGACUCCUCUGGGGUCGAAUUCUUCGAUAAUGACGACGCCGUCUCCCCCUAUAACGCCUCAGAGCCUGAACGGGCCAGGGAACGUGUACCACCCUGAUAGCUACAACAGCUUCCACUGGCCUGGUAGCUCGGACUACAUCAGGAGCUACUCCUCAUCGCACCAUCACCAGGGCUACGGGCAAAGCGCGUAUAAUUCGCCAUAUUAUCCCAGUCAGAUGGAAUACUUCAACGGUUCAGCGGUGAACCAAGCGCACGGCAGCCACCACGGCCACAACUUAACUGCCAACGGGAACCAGCUCUACAACCAGGUGUCCUUCGGGAACCCCUCGCCACCAGCCGCCUGGCCCUCCCACCACAACAUCCUAUCAUCAGGCCCGGAGUCGCCAGAGAAUCAGUCCCAGAACUCCCCCCAUCUAAGCAUGCUCCAAGCAUCGCAAAUCACGAACUUUUCGAACUCCGGCAACAGUUACUUUGCACCAGAAAAAUACGGCAUAAACAUGGUGUAGUGUUCUAGUCUUUUAAUUUAGGUUGUAAAUAGAGUGUAAAUUUUGGCCGUGUAACGAUCCUUGGUCGGUUUACAAAGAGUUUGCUUGUUUUAGAGCUUCCAAUUGACGAUUCGCAGUCCGAUCUACUCUCCGGAUGGUAGCCGAAUAUUUUUUGUACUUUUCGAACGCCAUGCUUUCACAAAAUAUACGGGAUUAGACGGAGAGUCGGUAACACUGCGAUCUAAGUACAUAUCAUGAAUUUUUUUGCUUUAAUUUCGACGUCUUUUUCACAAACAACCAAAUUCAGUGUAAACCGAUCAUACGCACGACGAAGGGAUUGUACUAAAAGUAAAUUAAUCUUUUGAGCAAGACUUAAGGUCAUACUGUGAUUCUUCGUAGACAAUACUUUUUUUGUUAACAGCUUCACCUAAUGUAAACUAGAUGUAAACAUUUGGUUUUUUCGCCUUACCGUUUUACCCUUGUAUGAAAUUAAACCUUGCUAGAUUUGUUAAUUUACUAAGUACUGAUAAAAUACAAAACAAAGUGCUGCAUUUAUUAACAAGGGACAUUGUUUUAACUUCAAGAAUCAACGAACAUUAAUUUAUUAAUAUUUUCAUAGGGCCUAAAUCAGAAUCGAAUGGCGAAACCUAUUUGCCAAAAAAAUUGUAAACCCGCAAUGUUAAGUUGGUGUAAUAUAGAAAAUUACUUUCAUAUUUGCUUUAUAACUCCUGUGUAUAAAUACCUACCUGAGUCAUAUCACUUAUAUUUAAAUGAAAUAAUUAGGCUAUGUUUAGUGACGAAAUUCGCUAAAAUAAAGCGUAAAAUAUACCAUAGUUUUAUUAUUGUAAAUAGUUGUGUUUAAGAGUUUUUAUUUUUAAAGACAAUUUGUAAAUGUGUGUGCUCCGAUGUAUAUGUGAUUAUAUCGUACGAGUAAUUUUAAGGUAUACCUUCCCCGUUUUAGACCAGUGACUUUGCGAUGUAAACAUUCAAUUACAAAGUUAACUUUGUGUUUACAAAUUUAAAAUUAGAGUAUAUUUUGAAUUAAAUUAUAAUUCGAAACAAAAGGGGGUGUAAUUAUUUUUACCAGUUGAUGGCACAGAAGUGCAAGCAAUACAUUCUUGUAGCUAAAUAAACCUCAUGCUUACAACGUUUUUUAUCUUGUUUACAUUGUAUUUACAUUGAAAACAGAAUGUAAACUCGCCAAAAAACUUUUCCCUGAUUUCUUAAAGGGGACGUAAGUGUAAUAAAGUUUGAAGAUUUACAAGAGAUUAUUAGUUAAUUUAUAUUUUUAUUUUUCAAAUCGUAGUAUUUAAAUGUAAUGAAAUUUGUAAUUUAUAGUACAUUUUAAGCUUGGACAUAGCUAAGUUAGUUUUAAGUAAGUACUUACUGUACCUAUGCGUUGGAUGAAGAGUCAGUGUAUUUUUUUUAAGUUAAGUUGUAUUAAUUAUUAAUUGAUAGCUAUUGAAAUAUUGAAUCCGAAUAUAUACAUAUAAAAUACA